AGCCCUCAGAGACCUGAACAGAAACAAAACAACCGUCAAGAAGCUCUCACUUUGGAAAAGGCUCGUCUGGAGGUCCAUCGCUUUGGGAUCACCGGCUACAAGAAGGAGCAGCAGAGAGUUUUCGAGCAGGACAGAGCGAUAAUGCUGGGAGCCAGGCCUCCUAAGAAGGAUUACGUCAACUACAAGGUCCUGCAGCAGCAGAUCAAAGACAAAAAGCAGAAAGAGAAGGAGGAGUUUCAGCCGGACAAGAAGAAGAAAAAGAGGAACAAUCAAAGCAGGGACAAGAAGCAGCCGUCAUCCUCUGGUUCUGGUCCUGGCUCUGGUUCUGGUGUUGCACCCUCAGGUCUGGUGGGUCGAUUCAAGAAUGGCAUGCUGCUGCUCAGCCCCAAGGACAUCCAGAAAAUCAAAGGCCACAAGUGACAGAGGAGAUUAAAUCUGAGUCAGGAUUGAAAAUCUCAUCACUCUUCAGGAGAAAAAGGACUCUGCUCACUUCAGCUUCACCCCACAGAUAAAUGUGAAACAUGGAACACUGUUAGGAUUUGUAAUCCAGAUUAUCGACCCUUAAACCUGAACUUUAAUGUGUUGGAAGAACUGCAGAAUCUGACAGAUUUAAUUUGUUAUUAAUCACCUCAAAUUGAAAGAUUUUAAUCUCUUGUUUUUUAUUUUUUUAAUCUAUAAAACAUGUAGCGGGGCAGCAGGGACAGAGUCAGAAAAACGACACAGUCGAGGUAAUUUAUUUUCAUAAAGAAACAUAUUUKCAUCAUGAGGAAGCUGCUGCAGUUCUGUUGUAAAAACAUUUAUUUUUACAGCUUCAAGACGUUGAAACGUAAACAGAAGAUUUUACAGAAACUUGGUCUUUGAACUUCUUGUUGAAGGGAAAAUGAAAGUUGUUGAAUUAAAUAAAAUAAAGAUGGUGAAAGAAGA